AUGGGAUUGUUAUCGUUGGGUACACCAUUAGACUGGCACGAUGCCAAUAAGUUCAACGAACAUGUGAGAGAGAACGGCAUUAAACAGUUGAUAAACAUCUUCAAGCAACAUUCUACUACGAGGGUACAGGAUCCGUUCUACUGGGGAGAAGAGGUUGAGUAUAUGCUAGUUGAUAUCGAUUCGAAGUCUAGAACUGCCAGGUUAGCGAUCGAUAAAGACUACAUAUUGAACGAUUUGAACGACCCUGAAAAGCCAGAAUCGUACGAAAAAUCGAUCAGCAACAACAUUUCGUUUCACCCAGAGUAUGGAAGGUAUAUGAUUGAAGCAACCCCUUUAAGACCGUACCAUGGAGAUUUGCUAGACGAUUAUGUUUAUGUUGAGGAAAACAUGAUACAAAGAAGAAAAGUUAGUGAGUCGGAAUUACCAAAGAAUAUCAAACCACUUACCUUAACAAGUUUUCCAAGAAUGGGUUGUGAUAACUUUACUUCACCACCUGCUAAACCGAUAGGCCCAGCAUCGCAGUCAUUAUUUUUGCCUGAUGAAAUCAUUAAUCGUCAUGUAAGAUUUCCGACUUUAACGGCGAAUAUUAGAAAAAGAAGAGGAUGCAAGGUCGCUAUCAAUUUGCCAAUGUAUCCCGAUAUCAACACCAAGUUGAUAGACGAUUCCAUUCCAAAAAAUCGUGAUUUAUUUGACUCUGAUAAAGAACCGUGGCUUGGAGCUUCAAAGCCAGGCCAUGUUUAUAUGGAUUCAAUGGGUUUUGGAAUGGGAUCAUCGUGCUUACAAGUAACUAUGCAAGCUCAGGAAAUAAACGAAGCAAGAUACUUGUACGAUACAUUAGCUCCUCUUACACCAAUAAUGUUAAGUUUGACAGCAGCUGCUCCAAUUUUCAAAGGUUUUUUAGUAAACCAAGAUGUUAGAUGGAAUGUUAUAAGCGGCGCGGUAGAUGAUAGAACAUUUAUAGAGAGAGAUGUUGAACCAUAUCCAGGGUAUGACUUUUUUGGAGGACUCGAUGUGGCAGAUGAAGACAAGAAACACAUGGAAACAUUAGGUGGUGGCCGUGGUGUUAAUGGUGAUCGUAUCAGUAACAGGUACGGUGACACUAAGUUGAGGACCACUGACGGAAAGCCAAUCCAGAAAAUCACGAAGUCAAGAUAUGAAUCGAUCAACAGUUAUUUAAGUGACUACAAAUAUUCUAAGAAAACGGAUGUGUAUUUCAAAGAUAAGUACAACGAUAUUUACAUGCCUAUGAAUACAAAAGUAUAUGAACAGUUGAUGGACUCUAAGUUAUUUGAUCCAAUAAUGGCACAGCAUUUUGCAUAUUUAUUUAUUCGUGAUCCAUUAGUGAUAUUCUCUGAGAGAAUUGAUCAAGAUAAUGAGCUAGAAAAUGAUCAUUUUGAGAACCUUCAAUCAACUAAUUGGCAAACUUUAAGAUUUAAACCUCCAGCCUUAUAUCCAAAAGAUACAACACCGCAAGAGUUAGCGACUAAACCAGGUUGGAGGGUAGAAUUCCGUCCUAUGGAAAUUCAAUUAACUGAUUUUGAGAAUGCAGCAUAUUCUGUUUUUAUUGCAUUAUUGUCCAAGGCUAUAUUAAAGUUUAAACCAGAUUUCUAUAUUCCAAUUCUGCAGGUUGAUGAGAAUAUGGAAACAGCGCACAAGGUCGAUUCUGUUCUUAAGGAUAAAUUUUGGUUCAAGGCAUCGUGUAAGUGGGGACUCAACAAUGAUGAAUUCAUUGGUUACGACUUAAGCUGGUUUGAUAGAUUUAUUAAUAGAGGUAACGACGAGUUAGGGGUCGACGAUGUUUACGUGAAUGGGUACUCGAGCCAUGCCAAGGACAAUGUUAUUAACGGAAAUAGUCGAGAUGAUGCUCCCUGUGAUUACAAUGAAUCCAAGUACACUGUUGACGAAAUUAUCAACGGUGGCGAAGACUUCCCGGGUAUGAUUAAAUUGAUAAUCAAGCUAGUUGCUACCGAAUUGCUCCCGGAGUCCUCUCAGCAUCAUUGCGAAUCACUGCAGCUCGCAAAUACAAUGUUGAAACUCCAGAACUACUUACGUUUAAUAUCGUACAGAGCUUCAGGCAAGAUCCCAACAAUUGCUCACUGGAUUAGACACAAGGCCCUCAGCAGUCCAUUGUAUAAACAAGACUCAAAGGUUAGCGAAGAUUUGGCAUACGAUUUGAUAAGAGAUGCAACUCGUCUUUCUGAUUUGGAUUUCUCAGAUCCUGAAUUAUUUACCAGCUACUUCGGUACCUCCAUCACAAAUUUCUUAAGAAGCAAUUCUAAUUCUACCUAG